AUCAAUUUGAGCUUCAACAUUCUAGACCCUUCCAACUCCGAACCCUCCAGAGCCUCCGGCCUCGCUUUUUUACCCUACUUUCGUCUCCCAACACACCCUCUCUCUCUCUCUCUCUGGAUCUACAUUUCUCCAGAAGAAGCAAACCCAUCAUCAUCAUCAUCUCUCUCUCUCUCUCUCUCUCUCUCUCUCUAAUGGCGAAGUACGGUGAAGGAGACAAGAGGUGGAUCGUGGAAGACAGACCCGACGGAGCAAACGUUCACAACUGGCACUGGGCCGAGACCGAUUGCCUCGAAUGGUCUCGAACCCUCCUCACCAAGCUCCUCACCAACCAAACCCUCCUCGACGGCGAAUCUAACCUCUUCAUCAAGACCAAGAACCUCGACAGGCUCGACGGCGAGGCCUAUGUCAACGUUCGCAAGGGCAAGAUCAUCCCCGGCUACGAGCUGAACCUCUCUCUCUCCUGGGAAGGCCAAGCCAAGGACUCCGAUGGCCAGACCCUUCUUUGCGCCGAUGGAAUCGUUGAAAUUCCCUACAUUUCCGAUGAGAAUGCCGACGAAGAUCCUGAAAUUAGGGUUUCGGUGAAGGACGAGGGUCCAAUUGGGAAGAGAUUGAAGGAGGCUUUUAUGGCCAAAGGAAAGCCCUUUGUUUUGGAGCAAGUUAGGGUUUAUGUGUCUGCUAUGGCGAAUGGUGGCCCGGCCAAGGAUGAAUUGGAUGUGAAAAAACCCGCCAAGAAGGCGGCGGAAGCGGCUGCUUUGGCACCGCCACCUCCGGUGGCGGUGGUGAAGGAGGAGGGGAAGAAAAAGAAGAAGGAAGGGUUUAAGACGAUAAGUAUGACGGAGAAAUUUAGUUGUAGGGCAAAGGAUUUGUAUGAGAUAAUGAUGGAUGAGAAUAGGUGGAAGGGUUUUACUCAUAGUAAUGCUAGGAUUAGCAAGGAGGUGGGUGGGGAGUUUAGUAUUUUUGAUGGGUCUGUGACUGGGACUAAUGUGGAGUUGCAAGAGGGGAAGCUGAUUGCGCAGAAAUGGAGGUUUGGAAGCUGGCCUGAUGGCAUUCAAUCUAUGGUGCGGCUUGCAUUUGAUGAGUCGGAACCUGGGGUUACCACAGUUAAGCUGACACACACUGAUGUUCCAGAGGAGGACAGAUAUGGGAACGCAACUGUGGUGGAGAAUACUGAGAGGGGCUGGCGGGAUCUUAUUUUCCACAAGAUACGUGCAGUUUUUGGUUUUGGAUUAUGAUUUUUUUUGGUUGAAAAUUUUAUCUCGUCAAAGUGUAGAAUUUUUAUAAUUUGAUCCAGCUUUAAGUCAUGGAUUGAAUGUGGUUGGUGAUUCAUUUAGUCGAAUCAAAUGUGUCAGUGCCAUUGCCCUAGCAGACAAUGUGGCUAAAACCAGUGUUAGUCUGAUUUUCAUUUUUCUUGUGUUUCAGAGUAACCAAUUUCACUCUCAAACUUGGAAACUUAUAUUGAAAUGAUGUGUCUUGAUGAGAUUUGACAGUGUACGACAUGCACUCAUUUUCAUUAAAUUGGCUAUCUUAAAUUUCAUGAUA